CUGAAGCGUUUUCCUUUGCGGACGUGUGUGAAAGAUAUCCGUAAAUGGGGAGUUGGAGAGAAAUGUGCGGUUGUGCAUACAGAGUACCCCUCACUUAAAAUUGUAUUCGACUUUCUAUUUUUGUUAUUUUUAUGUGAAGUUAGAACAUAUAUUUCACCAGGUGUAAUCAAUCAUUCUCACCGAGAGAGGGACAGACAGGAUCAACGGCAGCUGUGCUUGGAGCCCAGCCUGCUAAACGCUAGCUAGCAAGCGCGAGACUAGUGUGGAAUUACAGGACAGUACUUCACGGGCUUUAUGAUGCCUCGCGACAACAUGACCUCCCUCGUUCAGAAAAUUGGUAGACAGGCGCUUGUAACUUUUAGAAACCCAUCUUUGGUAGGUGAUAAAGCGUUUUUGGAUAAUCAAGGUAAACUCCAAAGCCUCAUGACCGAAAUCAGAGCUGCGGAUCUGAAGAUUGCUCCAAGGAAAGUUGACUGCGCGACUACACCUCUGCCACACAAUCCCCCGGUCACAUACAUGCACAUAUGCGAGACAGACCAAUUCAGCAUGGGGGUGUUUCUGCUGAAGAGCGGUGCUUCCAUCCCCUUGCACGACCACCCGGGAAUGCACGGCAUGUUAAAAGUUAUUUAUGGCAAGGUCAGGAUCACCUGUUUUGACAGGUUGGACAAAUCAACUAACGUGGCCAGUGACACGCAAUUCAAACCUCCCCUGCUACCUUUCCAAAGAGAUGCGCUGAGGACGUCAAUACUCCGGUCGGUCGGGGAGUUUACAGAAGAGAGUGGCCCGUGUAUUUUGACCCCUGACCGAGACAACCUUCAUCAAAUCGACGCAGUCGAGGGACCCACUGCUUUCCUCGAUAUUCUGGCACCACCAUAUGAUCCAGAUGACGGUAGAGACUGUCAUUAUUACAAAGUUCUAGAGCUGCCUCACUCGGAGGACAAAAAGGCUGUGGCUCAGGGGCAAAAAGAAGUUUGGCUCAUGGAAGUACCGCAACCUUCUGAUUUUUGGUGUGGUGGUGAACCUUACCCCGGCCCUGAAGUCAACAUCUGAAGCGCACUAUGAACUCUGAAUUGAACCAUUGAUUCUCAGGGCUGUGUCACAACAUGGUGUAAAUGUAUGAUGGUCAUAAUUCCUACAAUGAUGGAUUAUUAUGGAAUGGAUAUCACUCACUGGGGUGUGUAUUGGGAGAACAUGUGUGAACUAAAAGCACUUCUACUAAAGUUGGACAAAUGCUCACAAUCGUCUCUUCAGUUUGGGGGUUGGCCAGCCACUAUGCAUUUAGCCUGUAAUGAAAGUAGUUACUCAGUUGAUAAAUUGUGAUCUUUGUACAUCAUCUCUAAUGUAUUUUAAAUGACACCAAGCUUAUCAUGUCUUGAAAUGAACUGAAAUCAUACAUAAAACAACAUUUCUAAGAAGAAAAUCAUGAGGGAUUCAAGAAUUCACUAAAUGGGCUAGGCUGUAAUACACAACUAAUUGGUAUAUACAGCCUGAAACGAAUGCCUGAAGAAUUGUGUAAGUGUUCCUUACAAGCCAGAAUGUUGAAUCAAAUAACAUUUAAAAUUACUCAACCAGUUGUCUGUGAGGUUUAUUCUUCGGCUGCUCUAAAUUUGAGACAAUAUCCAAAGGAAAUGUUGUUUACCCAACUUGUUAAAGAGCUGGAAGGUAUAUUGUUCAGUUCCGGGCACUGAGAUAAAAAUAGUUUACAUUGGAUUUUCCAUUUUAUUUAGUCAAUAGCUGUUGAACCAAGCAUGCCAUGACAAUGAAAAUUAUAUUCUGAAUCGGGAAGAUGGAGAGCAAUCCACACCUUUGUGAGAUUUUUAUUUAUUUAUAUUCAGAUUUCAAGCCUUCAACAAAAAUAUAGUGUGCAAUGUCCUCCAUCCUCCCCUGAUCCAUAAUAUACAAUUGUCAUUGCCUAACUUGACCUCUAUGCCGAACCUGAACCAUAUAUCAACUGGCUCUCUAAAAAGAUUGGUUAAGCAACUGAAGGACAAACCUAACAGACAAGCGGUAGAGUAAGUUUAAAUGUAAUUUUAUUAAACAUUCUGGCUUGUAUGGAACAUUUACAUGAUUUUGAAGGCAUUACUUUCAGGGUGGGGCUGUAAUUGUGUAUUACAGCCUGAUUAAUCUGAUUAAUCAAAUGACAAGUCAUAAUUUACUAUAGGUAUGUUUUGAUUGGAUCAAACUACAUUCUUUGAGAUUGGGACAUGGGUUACUGAAUAAUUAUCUUAAACAUUGCUUAGUUAAUCGAGCUUCACCAAUUAAACUUAAUCCCCAUAA